AUGGCUCUCACUGCACUUCUCGUUGCUGUUGGUAUGAUGUACUUGUGGGAAAUACAAGGGUCCAGUGCUGUGACACCUGUGUUUGUGCAGAAUGGGAAGGAUUUACAUCUGGAUGUUAACAAACCUGUUGUUCUCAAUGGAAAAGAUGAAUUUAAAUGGACAGUCAAUGACACUUACAAUGUAGUGAGAUUACGUUUUGGUGAAGAACCUAUAAAAAAUCAGGAAGAUAGUUAUAAAGGAAGGGUUGAGUUUUCUGUACAAAGUCACUCUUUGCUUUUGAAGGAUGUGCAACACAGCGACAGUGGAUAUUACACUGCACUCAUAACUCGAGACAAAAACCAACUUCUAACUAAAUACAAGGUCAUAAUUAAAGAUCCAGUGUCUCCAGUUCAGCUGUCAGUGAACUCUGUGUCUAACAGCAGAGAGUCCUGUAACCUCACUGUGACCUGCAGUACAGAGGACUCUCUCAUCAGCAGCACUUUUAGAUGUGACAACCAAACCUGCCAUCAGGAGAGAGGAGAGCAGUCAAAGGUCACAACCUCUGGUUCUUCUCUCCGUGUCUACCUGUUGAAUGACUCCAUCAUCUGUAACCAUAGCAACCAGGUCAGCUGGACCAGUAAUAUGAUGGAGAUUCGGCCUCUCUGCUCUCUAGCUGUUGGUGAGACUGCAAGAACAGCUGACUCACAAUAA